AUGCCCAACUCCACCAGUGAGCUGGAGUUUCCCAACGAGAAGGACACUGAGGAGCUGUCCCAGCUUGCCUACCUGGCGCUGGCGGGUGAUGUGGCCUCCACUGGGAAGAGCUCUGCUAGUGCCCCCGAGAAAACAGGCUACCCAGACCAGGUGUACGUGAUGGCAGCCAACAUUUUCCAGGGCAUUCGGAUGGAAAAGUCGCCAGAUAAAGUCUUAAUCAAGUAUGGGAGUGAGCCACUGCCCUCGCUGUUCAAGUUUGAGUCCAAGGAUGAAGCCUUGAAGCGUUUGUCCUAUGAGUUGGCGUUCAGUGCCCUGAAAUAUCAAGAUAUUUUGGAAACUAUUUUGAUAGACAGCUAUAUCUUCCCCAGUGCCACAAUACCAGAUCAUCUGAGUAGUCUCAUUAUUGUGAUGCUGUAUGAUUUCCAAGAUAGAAAAUUUCAAACUCGUGUCCUUUCUGAUCAUGAAGAGUCUAUAUCGGAAGUUCAAGAGGUAGAGAACUUUCUCAACAGUUUUAAGACAAAAUUGGCUGCAGCACUGGCAAGAUGUCGCAUCAAACACGAUGCCCUGUCCAUCUACCACAUUCUGCCAGAGACUGUCAGGGCACAGGAGCUCAGGGCCUCCACUCUACCACUUUAUGCUUGGAUAAACACUUGUAAAAUCAGCCCUGAAGAAGUAUAUACUAAUCUGAAGAGGAGAGGCUAUCAUAAAGUGAAAUCUGUCUUGCACAUUGAUGAUAAGGUCUUUGCUGUGGACCAACAUUGCUGUGAUGUCUUAAUUUUUCCAUCUCAUCUUAAAAAUGAUCUUACAAAUACAGAUCUUUUCAAAGAUUAUAAACUUAUUUUUCAGGACAAAUCUCGAAGUCUUGCUGUCCAUUCUGUAAAGGCCCUAUUAAAUAUGGAUGAUGAUAUCUUAAUGGUCAAUACAGGUUCAUGGUACACAGUCGCCCAUAUGUCAAUCUUAACAAGUAAUAAUACCUCAAAAAUAUUUGUGUGUGGAAUACAAGCUAAGUAUCUUGACUUGAAGAACCUUUUCGCAAAAAUGGGAUGUAAAAAUAUUGAAAUACUUCGUGAGACAUUUGUUGACAUUGAGUCAAAGGAUCACAGGCUGCAGAAAGUUAAAGUGAUUCUGCUUCUGCCUCGCUGCUCAGGACUGGGUGUUAGUAAUCCUGUAGAAUUCAUUUUAAAUGAACAUGAAGAUGCAGACUUGCUUAAAGACCUCUCGCAAGGGUGCGCGUCAGAAGACAAGCUUCAUGUCCUUGCUCAGCAGCAGUAUGAACAGCUCUCACACGCCCUGAAAUUUACGAAGGCCCAAGCAGUUGUCUACUGUACGUGCUCUGUCUAUCCAGAAGAGAACGAGGUGGUGGUGAAGAAGGCACUGGCGUUUCAAGACCUUGGGAAUAAAGUGCAACCUUACAGGCUCAGCCCUCCGGUCCUCCCGCUGUGCUGCUUGAGGGAUAUCCAUCUGUCUACUGACAAGUUUUUCAGAAUGGAACCAUCUGAAGUUACCAAUGGGUGUUUUCUUUCUAUUUUAACACGGGAGCGGGACCCGUCUGAGACGGUGUCUGUGAAGGACAUUCUGGCCCGGGCCGCAGCCAAGGGUCUCCUGGAAGGGAUUGAGUUGGGUAAAUCAUCCAAACGAGAGAAGAAGAGGAAGAAGUCAAAGACAUCGCUGCCCAAGGCGUCCACCACGGAGAACAGUGGCCUCCAGAUGAGAAUUGCGGAGUUCCUGAGUCGGGAAACUAAAGCCAGUGUGCACCAGACAGAGACAGCAACGAAGUCACUCCUUCCCCAGAAGAACGCUGCUCCAGUGGGGGCGUCCUUGCAGACCAGAAAGCCCCCCAAGCCCACCCCCAGCCCUUUAGUGCCUGCGUUGAUGAAGAACGCUUGUCCACCCAGACCGUGUGACCGGCAGACCAGCUUCAGGAGACGGUGGCCAGAGGACAGGGUGGUGGCCCUGAAACCCAUCGAGAUCGUUCUGCCUCCAGUGAUCAUGCCGUUCACAGGCGCCCAAGGUGGCAGGCCUCAGCUGCCCACUCAGCGCUGCUACUGUCGCUGGGUUGACCCCAAGCCUCUUGUGCCCACCUGCCUUCCCAUACCAUCGCUCUCGAGAAAAGGGGACAGGCCCAAAGAAAGCUUACCUUCCUCCCUGCUCAGGCGGCCUCGACCGUGGCUUUGA